AUGGCGCCGCUCAAAAUUGCCGUCAUUGGCGGUGGUCUUUCUGGCGCAUGUUUGACCAACGGUUUAAUUAAUAAAUCAGACAACAAGAUCGAUGUCUCAGUAUUCGAACGCGAUGAAGCGGGUUCAGAACGAGGAGGCUAUCAGAUCCGUCUUGGAGCAUACGCCUUGGCCGGUUUCAGGGCUUGCCUGACGAACGACCAAUUCUCAUCUCUCCUGCCUUUGUUCGGCAAGUCGGGAGGCGUCGUCUCCUCGGCACCUUGCAUCUUCAGUCCUUCUGACUUGAAGGUCCUGAUCGAUUUGAGCAAAGCUCCCCUUUACGAAAAGAGCGCCCCGGUUGCACGAGUGCGUCUUCGAGAUUUUCUUCAAAAACCUCUUCAGGAGAGGGGAGUUAUUCGAUAUGGCAAGAAAUAUGUUUGUUACGAGGUCAUUGAAGGAAAAAGCGUCGAACAGAGCAGCGUCAGAGUCCAUUUCGAUGAUGGCUCCCACCACGAUUGCGACGUACUCAUAUCAGCCGAGGGAAGCGGAAGUCGCGUCAACAAACAAAUUGGACUCAGCAACAUUAUCACUGAUGUCAAGCCCGGAAAUGGAGGGUUCCUAGGUAAAUGCCAUCUGUCUUGGCCUGUACUCGAAACACUACCGCGUCAGCUUGUGGAAAAGGGCACUAUCUAUACUGCCAACUCCAAGGCUAUGGUAUUCUCUGCUGUGUAUCUUCCCGAUAGCUUCACCUUUUCUACGAAAGGAACUAGUUCGAAAUACGCCAAUGGACAAAAACCUGAGAAAUACGGCGAGGACGAAGCAUCGCUAUUCUUGGGCGUGUCGUGGACAACUGGACCCGAAUCAUCGACGUUAGAUCAAGUCAAAGACAAAAAAGGGUUGAUGAAACAAAAACUCAUCGAGGCCGGAUUCCAUCCUGACUGUCUCAAAAUGGUGGAUGCAGUUGACGAAGAAGCCAUCUUGACCACACCUUGGAGAUAUGCUAAGAGUGAUACCCCAGUUGACUGGAGAGAACGACUUCUGACUAGGAAUGAGAACAAAUCAGACCCUGUUAUUGCAAAUCCAAGAGUCUGGUUGAUAGGCGAUUCUAUCCAUCCAAUGCUUCCUUCUAGAGGAAUGGGCGCAAACAAUGCCAUCCACGAUACCGCUGAUGCACUUGAGCCAUUACUGGAGCUCGCUAGGUUGAAGAAAGUGCAUGGCAUAGUUACAAACGAUCAAGUUGGUCAGCAGCUAGCGGUGUACGAGAAAUCCAUGAUACCACGGGCUUUCGGUUGGGUUAAAAAGAGUACCAAUCAGCAGUUACCAGACCUGGAUAGCCUUACUGGCAGAGUAAUAAUAAUCGGUCUCCGUGCGAUACUCUUUGUACUUGGUAUUGGUGUCAAAUGUCUUGGACUAUUUGGUUGGGAACCCAAGGAUGAAGCUCCUGAACUACAUUAG